AUGGCUGAAUUAUCGAAUGUCCGCCUGCCUGCUUUGGGCCCCGGGCUGGCGUCUGGCUCUGCGCGGGCCCAAGGCAGGCGCAGCGUCACCGCUGUAGGGCAGUGCAGCAGCUCCCUGGAGACCGCUCUGGCUGAGUGUACAGAGGCACUGAAUUGCUUCCUGCAUAACCAGUUCAGUGAGAGCCUGGAGAUGCUGCAGCCUAGGGCCAGAGAGAGCAUGUAUCAUGCGUUAAUCUAUGCCACUAUCUUGGAGAUGCAAGCCAUGAUGACCUUUGAGCAUGAAGACAUUGUCCAGGCUGGGCACACCAUGAAAGAUGCACAGGAGAUCUGCCAGAGGUUUCGGAGGAAAAGCACGGUGGCUGGCACCUUCUCGAGUCGACUAGGUGGAGAUGCCUGUACAGAGGAGGAGCUGCACGCUGAAGUGUGCUAUGCAGAAUGCUUGUUGCACCGGGCGGCCCUCACCUUUCUCCAGGAUGAAAAUAUGGUGAAUUUCAUAAAAGGGGGGAUCAAGGUGCGUAGCAGCUACCUCAUCUACAGAGAACUCAACAGUUUCAUUCAACCCAAUCAGUUGCCAACAAGCUCUGCUCGCGUCCAUCUUGAGGGGGGAAUUGCAUUGGGCAUUGGUGCCUUCAACCUGACUCUCUCCCUCUUUCCACCUCGGAUCCUGAAACUUCUGGAGUUUGCGGGUUUUUCAGGGGACAAGGAUUAUGGUCUGCGACAGCUGCAUCAGGGAGCCACCACACCCAACCUGCGGGCACUGCUUUGCACAAUGUUGCUCCUCUGCUACUAUACCUUUCUUACCUUCAUCUUAGGGAUUGGUGAAGAUGAUUUUACAGAGGCUGAGUCCCUGCUGAGUCCAUACCUCUCCCGCUACCCUCAGAGUGCCAUUUUCUUGUUCUUCGCUGGGAGAAUAGAAGAGAUCAAAGGGAACAUCAAUGAGGCCAUCAAGAGGUUCGAGGAAGGCUGUUCGGCGCAACAGGCCUGGAAGCAGUUUCACCACAUGUGCUACUGGGAGCUGAUGUGGUGCUUUGCCUACAAAGGAAUGUGGAAGAUGGCGUACUUCUAUGCAGACCUGCUGAGCAAGGAGAACCGCUGGUCCAAGGCAAUGUAUGUGUACAUGAAAGCCGCCUUCCUGAGUAUGCUGCCUGCGGAGGAGCCGCGACCUUUCGGCGAGGAAGAAGUUGAGCUUUUUCGGCAGGUUUCCUCCUUCAAGCAGAAGAUUGCUGGGAAGUCUCCACCCACAGAGAAGUUUGCCAUCCGCAAAGCCCGGCGCUACAAAGCCAGCGAGCACGUUCCCUUGCCUGUGCCGGCCCUGGAGAUGAUGUACAUGUGGAAUGGAUUUACAGUCCUGGGCAAGCGACAGGAGCUUCUCGAGGGGACUCUAGACACCCUGAUGCGGGCCGAGAAAAAGCUGCAAGAGGCACCAGCCAGUGAGUACCAGGUAGAUGACCAAUGUCUGGUGCUACUCCUCAAAGGCCUAGUCCUCAAGCACUUGCACAAUUCGGCAGAGGCUGAGGCCUGCUUCAGUGCUGUUCAAGGCAGUGAAAAGAAGAUCCGGUAUGAUCAUUACUUGGUACCCAACGCGCUACUGGAGUUGAGCCUGCUGUACGUGGCACAAGGCCGGGGCGAAGAGGCUGUGCAGUUGCUUCGCAGGGCCAAGAAUAACUACAAGAAUUACUCGAUGGAGUCACGAACACUGUUCCGGAUCCAUGCUGUGUUGUCUAAACUCAAGGCCAGCCAGGAAGAAAAUGGUGCAGAUGGAGCAAGCCCUUCCUAGGGAAUAAAGCAAUCCCUGCCUUCUGCUUUGAAAAAAGGAGGUGGACUGCUGUCCUUAGCACUUGA